AAUUGACCCAUAGCCUGUAGUUAAGUUAUAGGCUUGCAUCCAUCAGAAAAAGAAGCAAAGAGUACGCAACUCAUAAGAUCCUAGUUGGUGCGCUACAUGGUCUGGUUUUGAUGAACCCGAUUCUGUUACGUCACUGCCACAACAUCCUCAUCCUCGUACUGUAAAUACCGCCAUCAUCUCGCAUCUCCGUCUCCACCAAUUCCUCUACCUAUUACUCGCCACCCUCACAAUCAUCUUAUCUAAAUGUCAGACACAAAGCACAAUGACGAGUUUCCAUGGCACUUGGGUGUUUACGACGCUCAUUGCCAUCCCACCGACACGAUGUCGUCAAUUGGCACGAUUCCACAAAUGAAAGCAACGACUUUAACGGUCAUGGCCACCCGGGGAGAAGAUCAAGACUUGGUGCUCGAAACUGCGAGGUCGUUGAGCAAGAAUGAAAAUGAACCGACAGGCACAAAACUACCGCCUGUGCUGCCAUGCUUUGGCUGGCAUCCGUGGUUCUCGCACCAGAUCCUCGACGACGUUACAGAUUCUGCAGAACCUGACGGUUCUCCGCGGGAUGAUCGAAAGGCACAACACUACAAGAAAGUCCUUACACCGGUACCGGAAGAUGAUUUCAUCGCUUCUUUGCCAGACCCCAAGCCGCUUUCGCAGCUGAUCGCAGAAACGCGCUCACGGCUAGAGGCUUAUCCCAGCUCCCUGGUGGGCGAAAUCGGCCUUGAUCGCGCGUUUAGGCUGCCCAAUGCGUGGACUUCAGACGACCAGCAGAAGCGGGACGAGGCAGUGACGCCCGGCUCACGUGAGGGCAGAACUCUCAGCCCCCAUCGGGUGCAGCUGAGCCACCAGAAGGCCGUCCUUGAAGCGCAGUUACGUCUUGCUGGGGAGCUAGGUCGACCAGUCUCUGUACACAGUGUUCAAGCACAUGGGGCGGUCUUUGAUCUGUUCAAGAAGCUUUGGUCUGGCCAUGAAAAAAAACAGGUAUCACGGCGGGAGAGGCAUCGUCGGCAGAACGAAUGGAAUUCUUCUGCAGAGAGUGAUGAAGAAAUCCAGAAACGAUCGGACUCAGCGCAAGCAAAGAAGAGGCCGCUUCCUUUCCCACCCCAGAUCUGCAUGCACUCUUAUUCGGGACCCGUGGAGCCAUUGAAGCAAUUCUUGCAUCCAUCAAAUCCCUCCGUCGUCUAUUUCUCGUUUUCCGCGGUCAUUAAUUUCAGCAACCCUUCAUCUCAGAAGGUAAUGGACGUUAUCAAGGCUCUGCCCGAUGAUCGAAUCCUCAUUGAAAGUGAUUUGCACACCGCCGGACCACAGAUGGACGAGCUAUUGGAGCAGAUCAGCCGGCAGAUUUGCGAGCUUCGUGGUUGGCCUUUGGAACAUGGAGUUCAGCAAUUUGCCGACAAUUGGAAACGCUAUAUUUACGGCUUAAUUAGAGAUCAAUAGAGACGCACGGUUAGAAAGCAUUUUGUUGAGGGUGGAUGGAAUUGAUAAGGGCCCAUU